CUGCGCACAUUUUGCCAAGGGGGCACCCAAGGGUGGGGGGGUGCCUCGCAGCCCCUUGCUCAGUGGUGACAGCAGCUGGGGCACAGUAGUGGUGGAGGGGUCCCACGUUCCCUCGCCCCUAGCCCCGGAACGUCUCCCUGGGUCACCCCCAGUGCAGGGUGCUUGUGGGUGCUGAACCGGGAGGGAGGGACCAAGGUGUCACCCUCACCCCCAGGACCACCCCCGGGGCGUCACCCCACGUACACACCCGCAGCACCCAUGGGCUCUGCACCCGCAGCCCAGGCAUCCGGGGUGUCCCCCGCUCCCUUGGGCUGAUAUUGGGGGUGUUUGGGUGGGGGAAAAGGGGUUUCCGUUGUGGGGACCGGGCUUUGCACCCUGUCUAUCACAGUUGGAGCAGAGCUGCAACCCUGGCUGUGCCAUGCCAAGGGAGAGAGCUCCGUGUGUUUUGGGGGGGGCAGGUCACCCCUGGGCUGCUUGGACUUCUGCAGCCUCCAGAGGGGACAUUCCCUGGUGUUCCCAGCAGGCACCGGCUGCUUCACGGUGCUCUUUGCUCGGCUAAAGCCAUUGACACCGGCCUGGGCCACAGGGCGAAGCCAGCAGGAAAUAAGAGCCAGGCACUUCUGUUUGCCCUGAGCUCCCAUGGCCCCAAAGCUGGGUGGGUUCAGCUCUGGGGACGCUCCCCCCGUGUCUCCCUACUGUCCUCACCCAUGGGUGCUGGUGAGGAGGGUCCCAAAGUGGAUUGCAUCCGCCCUGCCUGCACCGGCACCGCUGAACCUCACGGCCGCUCAAAGCAGCUGGCUUUUGCAGCCCAGGAGCUGCCAUACCUCGUCCUGGAGCUGCUGCCCCGACACUCGGGUGUUCACAUGCAUUUGUCACCUUUCCGAGUGCUUGUGCUUUUGGUGUGGCCCCCAACCCAUCCCAGCUGAGAAAACCUUAUGCUGGGGGAAGUUUUCCUGGGACGGUGCCGGUCGCAUCCCCGCUGCAGCAUCUCAGCUGCUCCCCCUGCACGGUCCCAGCAGCCCCCACCGCCGAACGCCUAAAAAUGUCCCCAGGAGCUAAUUCCGCAUCUGGGGGAGCUCUGCUCGCCGCCACCGCUCUUCCGCCCCACCAAGCCAACAGGAAGCGGGCGACGCGCUCGGGCCCAUAGUGGGGCUGGCCAGCGUCGCUGCUGUGCAGGAGCAUCUCGGCCCCACUGCGCCCGUCGGAGCGCCUCGGCCCCACUGCGCCCACCGCGAUGGGCGAGCGGGCAGGCAGCAUGCUGCAGCGCUCCCGCAGCAGGGUGUCGCGGCUGCUCCAUCUGGGCAAGGUGCGCAGGGAGUCGGAGGAGCCGCCUGCCCACGUCUACCUCAACAUCCAGGAGCUGCAGGAGGAAGCCGCCACGGGCAGCUCGGCCCCGCCAGCGCCCGAGGAGCCCCGCGGCUCUGGGACGGACUGGGAAACCCACAUGGACACGGACUCUGGACACUUGUUUUAUUACAACCCAGUCACCGGCGAGACCACAUGGGAUUGUCCCUUUGAGCAGGCAGAAGAUGGAGUGAGUCCCGCCGCCUCGCCCGCCUCCUCGCUCGCCCACAGCCCGCAGUUUGCCGAGUGGGGCCAGUACGUGGACGAAGCCAGCGGACAGGCUUUUUUCUAUAAUUCGGUAACAGGUGAGACGUCGUGGGACCCCCCACACACGGGAGACAGCUCCCAGGAUAUGUACCCUGGGCUGACGCCGUACAGCCCCAUGGAGCAGCGGCCGCCCACUCCGGAAACGGAUUAUCCCGACCUGUCUCCGGAUGAGCUGGAGGGCUACCCUGAGGAGGACUACUCGCCCCUGGGCUCCUAUGAGCAGGGGGCUGCUCACUAUCUGCCCCCGAGGUACCCUGAGGAGCUGGGCUCGUCCCCGGGCUGGUACGGGCACAGCCACCCCGAGGGAGCACCCGGCUACCCCGAGCACUUCGGCACAGAGACGGUCCUGGCGGGUGGCCGGCACCACCGAGCCAGCAGCAGCUCCAGCCAGGACAGCGGGCUCCUCGCCUGGCCCAGCUGCACGCCAACGGCACCGGGGCUGAAGGAGGAGAAGUUCAAAAGCCUCGAAAAGGCCGGCGUGCUCAACAGGACCAAGACGGCGGACAGGGGGAAGCGGUUGCGGAAAAACUGGAGCUCGUCCUGGACUGUGCUGGAGGGCGGGAUCCUGACCUUCUUCAAGGACUCCAAGCACUCGUCCACUGGUGCCCUGAGGCACCCGGGCAACCUGACCAUGCCGGAGCACACGGUGGAGCUGCGUGGGGCCACUGUCACCUGGGCCGGCAAGGACAAAUCCAGCAAGAAGCACGUCCUGGAGCUGAGGACGCGGGAGGGCUCCGAGUUCCUCAUCCAGCACGACUCGGAGCAGAUCAUCGUCACCUGGCAGAAGGCCAUCGCGGACAGCAUCGCCCGGCUGGGCACUGACUUCCCUGCUGAGGAUGACACCGAGAGCGGGACGGAAUUCGGGUCCCGGGAGAAGCUGGGAGGUGGCGAGGAGAGGAGGGCCACAGCGUCCGGGCAGGCUGCGGGCACGGCCGAGAGCGACUCGAGCAAAGUGCGCAACAAACUCCGCAAGUUCCUGCAGAGGCGGCCGACGCUGCAGUCCCUGCGUGAGCGGGGCUACAUCAAGGACCAGGUCUUUGGCUGCUCCCUACAAGUGCUGUGUGAGCGGGAGCGCGGCACCGUGCCCCGCUUCGUCCAGCAGUGCAUCCAGACCGUGGAGAGGAGAGGGCUGGACAUAGACGGGCUGUACCGGGUCAGCGGCAACCUGGCCACCAUCCAGAAGCUGCGCUACAAAGUGGACCACGAUGAGCACCUGGACCUGGACGAUGGGCGCUGGGAGGACAUCCACGUCAUCACUGGUGCCCUGAAGCUCUUCUUCCGCGAGCUGCCUGAGCCGCUUGUCCCCUUUAGCCACUUUGACAAGUUCAUUGCUGCCAUCAAGAUGCAGGAGCCGGUGCGGCGGGGACGCUGCAUCCGUGACCUGGUGUAUUCCCUCCCGCUUGCCAACCACGACACCAUGAUGCUCCUCUUCCGGCACCUCUGCAGGGUGAUUGAGUACAAGGAGGAGAACCGCAUGUCGGUGCAGAGCGUCGCCAUCGUCUUCGGCCCCACGUUGCUGCGGCCAGCGAGCGAGGAGGGCAACAUGGCCAUGCACAUGGUCUUCCAGAACCAGGUGGUGGAGCACAUCCUCAACCAGUACAGCUACAUCUUCCCCGACGGCUAAUCCCAGCCAUGGGGACAUGCAUGGGGACGAGCCCAGCGGCGGGGACAUGAAGUGGCGGGGACUUGGGGGAGGACUCGGCUGCCCGGCACCUCGGGACGCGGGUGACGGCAGUUGGCACCUUGGCGACGGGCAGCACUGGUGCGCGGUGGCCCGGCUCGAGCCUCCCGGACGUGGUUGGAGGGAUGAGGACACCGCUGAGGACGGUGGCACGGACCCUCUGGGGAUGGGACCCCUUGGGAUGGGGAGGGCAGGGAGGAGCUGUGGCUGGGACCGGUGGCCGGCAUUGGUGCUCCCGAAUAAAGAGCCCGUUCAGCCGC